CGGUGUUUGAUCACCUGAUGUUGGUGAAUAAAGGUGGAGUUUUUCAUCUGUCCGGAGGGGGCGGGGCUGAGGGGGCACCUGUCAGGCACCACGCUCCCGGAAGUUUACAAGAAGAAGAAUCAGCGAAGAAGACGCGGUCCUGUUAGCCGUUAGCUUGUUCCGUCAUGGCGGACCUGAACCGACAGCUUCAGGAGUACUUGGCUCAGUCCAAAGGCGGCGGAGCGAAGACCAUCUCCCAGUCCAGCUCCAGCACCACGGUGGACCUGGACGACACGGAGCCGGUACCCGGGAGUUGGUUCGGGCGGUGGUCCAGUCCCUGGUCCGGCGGCCAGAGCUCCGGAAACAGCGGCUUUUCUUGGCCGUGGUCGGCCGAACCGGACCCCUGCCUGCCGGGCAUGAGCCGCCGGCAGCGGCUGGUGGCCUUCGGGGUGUGCGUGUCGUUUUCCGCGCUGUGUUUCGGGCUGUCCGCGCUGUACGCGCCGCUGCUGCUGCUUUACGCCCGCAAGUUCGCUCUGCUCUGGUCGCUCGGUUCCCUGUUCGCCAUCGCGGCCGUGGCGGUGCUGCGCGGCCCCAGCAAACUCGUCGCCGGCCUGCCCACCUCCCCCGGAGCCGCCGUGUACCUGUGCGCCCUCGGAGGAACUCUGUACGCGGCGCUGAGCCUCCACAGCACCGUGCUGACCGCGCUGGGAGCCGCCCUGCAGGUCGCCGUCAUCGUCGGGUACGUGGUGUCGCUUCUGCCCGGGGGAAGCGCCGGGAUCCGCUUCAUGGGGGGGAUGGCGGCCUCGGCCAUCAAAAGGACCGUCACCGGGAAAACCAUGCCGAUCUGAUGGGAGACUGAGAGCCAGAGCCGGGGCGGGGUCACACCCCCACCAGGCUUAAAGCUCUGAUUCCUAAAACGGGGUCCGAGGGCCUUCAGGGGCCCGUGGAGUCUCCUGGGGGCCCGGAUUAGAAAGGACCAACUCUGCAGACUGGUGAUUAUCGAUGACUGGCUGCUGUCAGCUGAUAUCAGCCCUGAGUGUUGACCUGCAGGACAGUGUGACUCUGCUGCAGCUCGCUGACCAAACAAAAACCAGUUUGAAUGUUUCAGCUGUAAACAUGAUGUCUGAGCCCGUCACACCUGGUUUCACCUGUGUGUGAUCUGAACUGUUGAUUGUCUUGUUGGUGUGAUGAAAGGAAACUGGACCAGUGACAGAGGAAGGCCUGGUGGUCCACUUCCUGUCAUGUGGUCCGAGUGAGGGGGAAAUCAGAGAGUUUGGAAUCAGCUGUUCAUUUAAAAUAAACAAAUAAAACUGAUUUCAUGUUUCCUGAUGUGACUGGUU